AUGCCGCGCAGAAAAGCCGCCGACCGUACGGGACCGGUGAAAACCCGGUCUCGUAGCGGCUGUCGAGAAUGCCGAGCUAGUCGAGUGAGAUGUGAUACCAAGAAGCCCGUCUGCACGCGGUGCUGGCAGAAAGGGCUGCCAUGCUCUACUAACCUGGAGCUCAAAUGGGAGUCCGAAUUUGCCAGUCGUGGCGUGGCUUUUGGGCGCGCGGGAGUCUGGAGUAAAACCAGACCAGACGGGACACAAUUUUCUCCAGAGUCUUCGGAUGAGAUACGCCAGUGGUGUCUAGUACCCCAAGUCCAGCCAUGGGGAUUCGUGAACAGCGGAGUGGGCACAUUCGACAACCCCAAUGAAGUGGAUGUAGUCUCGAACGAACAGCAUGAAGUUUCCCUGGCCUAUCGCACUGCAUCGAGAAAUGCCCGGACCUUUCCAGCACUUGAUCCGGGCCCCUCGCCAGCUAUAUCGUUAUUCCCGCAGGCGAUACAAGUAGGCCAUGGGGAGCUUCUUGACUACUACCUUCAGCAGGUGUGCCCUCGUACGAGUGCCAGUACGACCAUGUCGUCGCCAUUCGCCUCGGUGAUCCUGCCUUUCAGCGUAUCCGCAUCGCCGACGUUGUUCAAAGCUAUUCAGGCUCUAGGUGCAUGCCACUUGUCUCGAGCUAACCCGACAUACGCUCCUCUUGGCCUCCGCUUGAAGUCUGAAACAUUGAGGGAUCUUCGACGCCGUCUUUCCAACGAAGGUUCCUUGACCUGCUCUGCGGAUCCUGAGGUACUAGUGAUCAUGAUGAUGCUGUGUCUCUACGAGAUUGCCGACAAAUGCGACCAGCAAUGGACAAUCCAUCUCAAGGGUGCCAAAGAUUUAAUUCGACUGAGGAGACAACGGGCCCUCACACCUCCAAAAACACCAGAUGCGUCUCACCCAGUCUCUGCCUUUGCUGAGCAUUUCUUUGCUUUUCAAGAUGUCAUGGGUCGAACUGCUUGUGCCAAAGAAGUCUUAUUUGGAAGCGAUUACUGGAGAGCGGAUGAUCGCACUAUCGAUCUGUGGAUGGGAUGCAGUCCUGAGCUCGUCUCUAUUCUUACCAUUAUUACCGAUAUGAGCCGUGAUCGACGGCAGCUUGAUUCUGACAUCGAUCGAGAUUCCUUCAACCAGCGCGCAGCAUCCAUUGAACACCAGCUUGAGAACUUGAUACAGGAAGUUGGAGACGGGGACGAAGAUGAUGACGCGCUCGCGUCCGCUGCAGAGGCGAAGCGGUUAGCCGCCCUGCUUUACCUGCACUGUGGACUGUAUGGGGCCAGUCCCAGGACUCCCCUGGUGGCGGAAUAUGUGAAUCGAAUCCUUCAGUUGCUAUCGGAGCAGUUAGAAAGUGGUCCUUUGGUCAGUGUGACAUGGCCUCUCUUUGUCGCAGCCGUCGAGCUUGAUCCGUCGCACGACGAGCUCUGGUUUGCCCCCGAUAACUCCGUGUCUGGCCGGUCGAUCAUACUACGGGCCCUGGCCGCAAUGGGUGAAUCGACUAUCUCCAAUAUCGCUCGAACAAGAGCAGUGAUUACACAAGUUUGGCAAGCUCGCGAUCAGGAUCUGCUCAAAGCGCCCCAGAUGAAGGGGCUGAACGACUGGGAGUGGUAUGUCGUGCCCGUGAGCGAUGCCAUGAGCCUGGCAUGA